UGUUGAAGCGUCGCUCCGAGCAGAACGCACACCACCGUGGUCCCGCUCACUGUGAUAGCUCGCGAAACCUAGACUUGUGCUCACCAGCUUUCAAGCACUCACGUGCCUCCGUCUUGCUUGCUUAACCUCCCGGGUUUUAAAUAUGUUUUUUAUACUUUUUAAAUACUUUUUAUUUGUUUACCUGACCGUCUAUUAUGUAUUUUCUUGUUUACCUAGAAACGUGAUAAAAUAAGGUCGAGUUGAAAUCAGACGCUGUAAUCUUUCUUCACAGGAAAUUAUUUAAUGCGCAUGCGCUGAAGUUGUUUUUUUCUUGAUUUCAAUGGCUUGUUCGCUGGCGUGCGCCGUGUGUUGUUACCUUUCCGUGUGGUGAGUAGAAACCUACUUGUGACGGAAUUCGUGUGAGUUCGGUGUGCUGGGAACGUGCUCGCUAUGACAUGUGUGCUGACGUCGACCUUGACCCGGGCGUGCUGUGCUUGUUGUGUGCUGCUGCUGGUGGGUACACAUGUGCUGGGCAAGCACGAGCGGCCGGAGGUGCACAACAAGUCCCACUGCUCAUCUUCAGCAGACGAGGAGGAGGAGAACGCUGAUAGAGUGAACAAGGAGAAGAGCCUCAUCUUCGACCUGUUUGAGAAAGAUGGCUACAACCCCUUGGUCCGGCCUGUCACAAAUCCCAACGAAACCCUGGAAAUUCGCUUCAGUCUGGCGCUCAGCCAGAUCAUCAGUGUGGACGAGGUCAAUCAAGUGAUGAAAACUAACGUCUGGCUCCAGGUUUACUGGAACGACUACCAGAUCCAGUGGGACCCGGAGAAAUAUGGGAACAUCGGGUCCAUCCGUAUCAGCCCAGACAAAGUGUGGGUUCCAGACUUUGUUCUCUUCAACAACGCUAACGGCAACUUUGAAGUGACCUACAAGUCUAACUGUGUCCUGUACAGCACUAGCGAGGUCCAUUGGAUCCCGCCCGCCAUCUACCACAGUUCCUGCUCCAUCGACGUCAAGUACUUCCCCUUCGACCAGCAGGUCUGCGAGAUGAAGUUCGGCUCCUGGACCCACAAAGGCAAGGCCUUAAAGUACAGCUUCCACAAGAACCGGGACAAGCUUGACCUGGGCGACUACCUCAAGAGUGGCAGCUGGGACAUCAUCGACGGCCCGGGCAGGAUCGAACCCAUCAAAGACAACGUUACGGGGGAAGAACGUGAACAGAUUAUUUUCCAGUUCGUGUUGAGACGGAAAACUCUGUUCUACACGGUAAACGUCAUCAUUCCUUGUGUACUCAUUUCAUUCGUCACGGUCUGCGUGUUCGCACUUCCGGCUCACGGAGGACAGAAGAUCACGUUGAGCAUCUCCGUGCUGUUCGCGUUGGUCGUGUUUCUGUUGUUGGUCUCCAAAAUCCUACCGCCAUCUUUGACAAUCCCGCUCAUAGCCAAGUACCUCCUCUUCACCUUCAUCAUGAACGUCGUCGCAAUUUUCUGCACCGUCAUCAUCAUCAACCGGAACUGGAUCAAUCCUGGAACCCAAGACAUGCCGCACUGGGUUCGGAUCCUGUUCUUGCGGGAACUUCCCAAAUACCUGCUCAUGUCCAGACCUGACCAUGAAAAAAGGUGGAAAGGUACUCUCGGUAUACAGCACAGCCGGUUCCGGCCAGUGCCAGACGCACGGUGCAUCAGUCUGGAAGCGUAUGAGCUAGCGGCGACACAAAGCGCGGACGUACAAGGAAACUCAAUAGAGUACCCUCAGGCUAGGAGACACGUGACCGAGAGGACUAACGGGAGUAGUUCGUGGGUCAAGCCUUUUGAGAUGACGCCUGAGAUUCACAGGACGGUAGAGGCAGUAGAGUUCAUCUACCAGCAUCUGAAGAAAGAGCAGGAGUAUGUCAUGAUCCUGGAGGACUGGAAGUAUGUGGCGCGGGUGCUAGACAGGCUCCUGCUGAUCAUCUUUCUGGCCAUCACGCUGUCUGGUACCGUGGGGAUCCUGAUGAACGCCCCCCACAUCCUGGAGUUCGUCGACCAGGACAAGAUCAUCAACGAAAUCGCUGACUAUAUAGCCAAGGCUGAAGUAGCCUGAUCUGUCGUGCUGCAGGAUAAACGUUAGAUGACAGACGAAGGACGCACAUGCCGCAUGCCGGAUAAAAAAUAGAGAAAACUGAUCCGAAGUUGCAUGGGUAAGCGGCAGUUUUGUCAGAGGGCUGGAGAAUUGUUCUUCUAUUGGCUGUGUUAGGACAGGUGCCAGAUUUGACGUCACACAGUCACGUGACGUGAUGUGAGCCUUGGUCAACAGGUCUGAGGUCAACAGGGCUAAGGUCAACAGGUCUAAGGUCAAGCGAUCUAAGGUCAAGAGAUCUGAGACCAAUAGAUCUGAUUUCAAUAGAAACGGGUUGAAAUACAUCAACAGAUAUGAGCUCAAUAGAUUAAUUUAUUUGAGGUCAUUACUUGAAUGUGGAUACCUUGCAUACUAAUAAAACUUCCCUUGGUUUUAUGUAUAAAUACAUUAGAAUGUGUUAAAGCUAUAUGUUAAAUUUUUUAACUUGUACGUGCCAUUUGUAUUUAUCACUUUAAUGUACUUGUAUUUACUAAUUAGCUAACGCUUAUUCUUACAUCAUUAACCGAUCGGUCUGAAAAACGAACGAAUGAUACAUUUGUGUAAUGUCAUUUUUUUUUAAAAAAAACUUGUUGAAAUGUUCAACCACUUCAUGCCCCCUCUCCACACACACACACACACACACACACACACACACACACACAAACAUACACACGCACACACGAUGAACACUGUGUAAACAAAUGAGUUACCUCACCUGUAAAACUUCCCCUACUUUCGCACAGACCAUCCGACAGGUGAGUCUUGUCGGCGAACUGCUCAAACCCUUGGCCUCAUUUUUCUCGAAACUUGUGAAAAACGACGCGAAACUUGACUUAGAAAUUAGAUUCAGCAGUUGAACCGUAUGUUAAGUGGAAUGAAUUUGUCAAGUUAACUUCCACUGGGUAAUAAAGUUUAUUUAUUAGGUGCCGGGAAAAGCGGCGAAACUUUAGAUAAACAAUAAUGUUAUUCACCCAUCUCCGUUGGCGCAAUCUAGCCUACUUCUAAAUGCAUAGAGGACUUCGAUUUUUCUUUCACUAGCUGGCAUGCGCCCCUCCUCCCCCCCUUCCUCUCCUCCCCCCUCCUCAAAUUAUUCAUCCUCACUCCGUUACUCAUUUUUCACCCAGGCCGCAAAUAAAGGAAAUAAAGCAUAAGAAAUAGAGGGCGCAAAUCUCGCUGUCAAAUUUAUCAUCCUCUGUCGGUCUAUCCGAUGUUUCUCCUUGUAAGACGACGCGUCCUUUACGGGGGCGGCGGGCUUGUAUGGGUCAGUUGGUUGGCGUAGGUCACUGUUGGGUUGGGUUAGGUCAUUUAUAGGUUGACUUAAGUCAUUUUGCUGACUUAGGUGACUGACGGUUUGGCUUAGGUCAUUGAUGAGUUGACUUAGGUCAUUAAACGAUUAGCUUAGGUCAUUGAUGGGUUGACUUAGGUCAUUAAACGAUUAUCUUAGGUCAUCGAUGGUUUGACUUAGGUCAUUUAUGGAUGGGCUUUGGUCAUAUAUGGGUCAACUAAGGUCAUGUAUGGGUCAACUAAGGUCAUGUAUGGGUCAACUAAGGUCAUUUAUGGGUUGACAGGUUACAAAUUGAUUGGAUUAGGUCUCUGCGAGAUGACCUGGAUCCCAGACAGCCAGGUGGGCUGUCGUAGCUAACACCUGAAUGUGGGGUAACGAGAAGAUUCUAGAAACACGGCAAGUUUGGCUUCACACAGUGUUUAAUCUAUUAGACAUCACGACAUGACAAUUCCAACAAGUAGCGUAGAAAAAUUGUCCUGCUGUCUACAACUUUAUUAUUCAGGUUAACUGCUGGACAAUGACCAGACAGUAUGUAGUAAAAUUACUAGGUUAUUUGACCAAUGACCAAGAUGUUUAACAACAAUGACCAGGUUAAGUGCUGUAAAAUGACCAGGAUAUUUGACGGCCAAUGACCAAUCUACCUUCUGUAAAAUGACCAGGAUAUUUGACGGCCAAUGACCAAGCCACCUUCUGUAAAUGACCAGGAUAUUUGACGGCCAAUGACCAAGCCACCUUCUGUAAAAUGACCAGGAUAUUUGACGGCCAAUGACCAAGCCACCUUCUGUAAAAUGACCAGGAUAUUUGACGGCCAAUGACCAAGCUACCUUCUAUAAAAUGACCAGGUUAAGCGCUGUAAACUGACCAGGUAUCACAUCAUGUCAAACCGAACAGUGUCGCGAGGCUAUUCCGUUGAUUGAACCAGAAAACACAAAGACGACCCUAACUCAUUACCCCACGACAUUAAAACGCCUGACCCCCCCCUCCUCAGUCGAGUCUGUCAAACAACUCGCACUAAUACAUCUAAUUGAUUUAACACAAGCUACAAACAUACAACUCCCAAAUCCUAAUCUAAUAACUAAUUUACUGAAAGCGUUUUUCUUUUUACAAGCUUUUAUUUAACUCACUUCCUCUGUCUGUCGUCAGUCGUCAGUCUAGACGGAAACGCAGGAGUGAAAAUUCGGACAGUUCUACUUGACCGACACGAUUCACAGUUGGCACGUGGGUCAAGACAUGAAGACAAUGCAAUCUGAAACUAAAUUUGACUUAAUUGGAUGCCUAAUUGAUUUUUUAUGAAUUAAUUAAAAUUUGGACCGAAUUAGUAGGCAUGUCUAGCCAACCACACCACACGCGUCAUCAAUAGCUGCGCCAUCACGACCACGUAAUGGCUGCGUUCAAAAACCAUUGCGCGCCUACUGAACGUGAUAUUCAGUAGGCGCGCAAUGGUUUUUAGUCAUGUAACUCUAUUGUAAAUAAAACAU